ACGGUACAGAUAAACAACAACCACAUCUCAUCGAUACAAAUCCAUCUUCGCGCGGGCGUUACGCGUGAUCAACCGUAAACGCGUCUUCGACUUCGAUAAGGUAUAGAGGUCCCAUCUGCCGUCGUUACCCCACCGCCGCCGCCCGGCUCUGUUCCCGCUGCAGAAUCACCCUCCACUUCCGCCUGGCUUGGCAGCCACUCCUCUCAGCAGCCUCCGUUGAUACUUCCUCUCGCGUGCUUGUAUCUCGUCAGUCGGCCUGGAGCCACGUGCGUGUGCUUGCCCGAGUGGCUCCCGCACGAGCGACACAUCGGAACAGUGUCAUUUCGCGCCGAUGAAUCGCGCGAUCGAGUUAGCCUACAUCCUUACCGCGCUUCCGAUGACAGAUGAACGUCUUUGCACGAAAUUACCGGUGUAGAACGACGAUUGCAUUUUCUCGACGAUUCAUCCGUCUUUAUUAUCGAAGAAUCGAUCGACGAGGAAGCUGGCGGUAGAGAGCUUCUAAUGGACUAAUUAAAAAGAGAUAUCAGCUUGUCGAUGACAUACGCGAGAUAGAAUAAUAGACGAAGAACUCGGGGGGAAAAAGCUGAAGAGUAGCUGAAUAGCAGCUCUGCUGACUUAUCUGUGUCAAGAUGUUGAGACUAUGCGCGCGAUGCAAUUAGGACACUAAACGUUACUCCACCUUAUCGAGAAACAAAUGUGACGAGAUAUUAAUGGGAUGCUAAUUCGUGCACAACAAAUCCAAGAUCCAGCAAGUCGCGAGGAACGCAAUCGCGCGAAUCGAACGCCGACUCAAAGGAGGACCGAAAUAUCUCAUCGCGAAUUCAUCGAUCAAGCUUACCGAGACGCGGCAUGAUUCGCCGCCAAUACCGACGUACGUGAUGCGGGAGAGUGCUUCGGGGAAGAACAAAGAUAUCACCGCGAGCUGAAAGAGCGACUAGGUAGGCUCUCAAAGGUGAAGACAGACAGUCGGUUGGAAGUCGGGAGAACCUAAAAAUAUCAGCCGGUUCCGCGGUUGGCCGGCGCGGUGUGCGCCCGCAGCCCCCGUCACCACCACCACCACGUCGUAUUCCACGCUGGACAAUUUUACCGGCUGGAGAGAAGGAAUGAUAUCUUCAUGAAACAGGGCUCGCCUUUAAUCCCGCGGAUGGCGAUUCGCGGUAAACGACUAUCAGGCACGAUCGUCGUUAUUACAACAAGCCCGCCGACAGACCGGACAUUCACGCGGAAGACGAUCGCGCUCCGUCUUCAUCUGCUACCGCUACUCGUCUCCAACGUUGUCCGUCGUCGUCGUCUGCUACUGCUGUGAACUCAUCGAAGAUCGAGUUCGGGCUUAGGACACGCAGUGUCAAGGCCAAGAGGCCUAUCGUAUCUCGCGACGGAUUCGACGACGGUGGUACUCGGUCGGAAGAUCGAGCCUCAGAGUCUGCCCGGGCUCACCGACGGUAUUUUACGGCGCGGUUGUUUGAAAUUCUUCGCGUGGAGUCGCGCCCGUAUUUAUAGACCCGCGUGUGGCGGCGCGUAGGGCCGCCGCCGCCGUAGCCGUACACGAGCGUGCGGCGCGGGCACGCGUUCAUGCACGUAUAGGCUCUCCCUCGUGCUCCGUCCCGAGGGUGGGUAGGUAGGUAGGUAGAUACGUGUGGAACAGCCGUCGAGCCCGAGCCACGUCGGGCCCACGUUUGCAGGAAGCGAGCGGCAGCACGUCGCGAUCAUGACGCGAUGCGUCCGCGACGGGAACACCACCGGCCUGUCACGCCGACGAAUGCGUCCCCGUCGCCGUCGAACCGUCUACGCUCGUCGCCCUGCUGGCUGCGAUCCACCAAUUCGCUUCCGGGCAUGAUCGCCGACGACUCCACGAUCUUUCGGGUCCUCGUCGUCCUGCUCGCCCUCGGUUACGCAGUCGCCAUCAACGGUUCGAAUGAGGAUAAGACGUUCGUCUUUGGAGUUAAAGCCAAUGUAAGCUGCCUCCAUUCGAUUAACCAGCCGCUUGCCGUAGAGCGUUUACCAAAGAACAAAGUGACAAAGCUGUCGCAUUUCACAAGCUGGAGCGAAUGGUCGGUAUGCGAUCGACACUGCACGCAAAAUCGCGUCAGGAGGUGCCGAUCGAAAAACGAUUGCGGAACCACUGUACUUAGAGAGGAACGUGGUUGCGAACAUAAUAGAGAAGGUCGUCGAAGGCGAUGCAAGCAACGCCAACGCCGGGGACAUCGACGAAGAAACGAAAGGUUUCACGUAGUUCAAGUACCUAAAGAAGCAGAACCUAGGCAUGGAAAGCGAAAAGGCAAAAAUACCAAGGAGCACUCUGGAAAGCAUUAUGGAAAAUGGAGUAAAUGGUCACCUUGCACGAGACUGUGCACUACUCAACGUCACAGAUGGUGCAGAAAGCCGGGCAUCUGCGGGCGCGACGUGAUACGUGAGAGCGCCUACUGCUACGUCGAAGGUAGCUUCUGCCAAAGAUGGAUCCAUCGGAAGAUCCGUGGUAGCCACGAAGAAGACGGCGAUGACUUAGUAUUGGACGAGUUCGAACUCAAUCCUAACACCGUGGAUAGCUUCGCGCCGGAGAAAAAUUCGAACGUUUGGAAAUGCGGAGUGGCGAACACCCAUAAAGGAUCCAGAUUAUCAUAUUUCACGCGAAUCAUCGGCGGUCGUCCGGCCGCACCUGGGAGCUGGCCGUGGCAAGUGGCCGUGUUAAAUCGAUUUCGGGAAGCUUUUUGCGGUGGAACAUUGGUAUCCCCGAGGUGGGUAUUGACUGCCGCGCAUUGCAUUAGAAAACGCCUCUACGUUCGCAUUGGAGAGCACGAUUUAACGGUGAAAGAAGGCACGGAAUUAGAGCUUAGGGUGGACUCGGUGACCAUCCACCCGGAGUACGACGCCGAUACCGUUGAUAACGAUGUGGCUCUACUUCGUUUACCAGUUACCUUGACCCCGUCUUCUUCGAGGGGAAUCGCAUGUCUGCCCGCCCCAAAGCAGCCCUUACCUACGAACCAGUUGUGCACCAUUAUCGGCUGGGGCAAGUCCAGCGUGACGGAUGAUUUCGGAACGGAUGUCCUGCACGAAGUUAAAGUUCCAAUAGUGUCCACCGAAACCUGCCGAGAGGUCUAUGUGGAUUACAGAAUCACGGACAAUAUGUUCUGCGCGGGUUAUCGCCGCGGUAAGAUGGAUUCUUGCGCGGGUGACAGCGGGGGACCUCUGCUCUGUAGAGAUCCUCGGAAACCCGAUCAUCCGUGGACAAUUUUUGGUAUCACUAGUUUCGGCGAAGGUUGUGGCAAACGCGGGAAAUUCGGUAUAUACGCCAGACUAUCCAAUUACGUGCGUUGGAUUACGAAGGUGAUGAAGCAGACGGACGAUUACACUUAGGAAACACAGCGCGUAUUAUAUGUAUAACUGUAUUAUAACUGUAAUUAGUGUUCACGGAUAAACGAGCAUAAAAGUGAAAAAUAUGUAGGCAAUCGAGAUACAAAUUUCAAGUUGUAUAUCAAUAAGAUAAAAAAUCCAGAGCUAUACAUUUGAAAGCACUAAAUGUAAAGUUAUAAUAAUGUCGCAACCUGUUAUUAAAUCGCACAUUUCACUUUCUUCAAAAAUAUGUUUGUAUCGUUUUAUAUAAGAAAUCAGGGAAGAAAUAUAAUUUUCGCAGAAAUUAUCGCAGUCGAUUACACGUUUUUAUAUUUUUCUUUAUUUAGCUUGCGGUGAUGCAAGGUAAACUUGCCUUGGUAGUCACAUAGUCAAUUAGACAUUUUCUCUUUAAAGUGAUUGCCAACGU